GUAAAAGUUGAAAGGUCAUAGCUGCUGGCUAGCCUGGCUGCAAACUACACACGCCAAAAUGACAACAUUACGUGCGUUUAACUGCGACGAUCUUUUCAAAUUUAACAAUAUCAAUUUGGACCCCCUGACAGAGACUUAUGGUAUACCAUUCUACUUACAGUACCUGGCCCAUUGGCCGGAGUAUUUCGUUGUUGCAGAGGCACCCGGCGGUGAGCUGAUGGGUUACAUCAUGGGGAAGGCAGAGGGCUCUGUGGCCAGAGAGGAGUGGCACGGGCACGUCACAGCACUCUCCGUAGCCCCAGAGUUCCGUCGGCUGGGACUGGCCGCCAAACUUAUGGAGAUGCUGGAGGAGAUAUCAGAGAGGAAAGGUGCUUUCUUCGUUGACCUGUUUGUUCGCGUCUCCAAUCAAGUGGCGGUGAACAUGUACAAACAGUUAGGUUACAGUGUGUAUCGCACAGUUAUAGAGUACUACUCAGCAAGCAACGGUGAACCAGAUGAAGAUGCAUAUGAUAUGAGGAAGGCCCUAUCGAGGGACACAGAGAAGAAGUCAAUUAUCCCAUUACCACAUCCUGUCCGACCAGAGGACAUAGAAUAGCACAGGACCGUGUCUCUUUUAAGGCAUCGUAUCAACCCAUAUUGGGGGAAAUGUUUUUAUUAGUUCAUCCUUUGCUUGAAGAAUUGAAUGAUCGUGCUGAUUUUUUUUUUUUUUUUUUUUUUUUUUUUUUUUAUGCCUGAGAGUCACUGUGAACACUAUUUAAGCCUUUAGUUUCCCCAAGAAAAAAAGACACCCUCGGAAUAUGUCAGCAAGGAGAUGACACCUAUAACGAUUCUUAUACUACUGCUGCUGCUUUGAAAGCAUCUGAAAUAAAGAGAUCUUGUGCA